GACGGAGGAGACAAGAUGGCGCUGCGGGCGAUGCGGGGGAUCGUGAACGGGGCCGCACCCGAGCUACCGGUGCUCACCAGUGGGCCUGCGGUGGGAGCUCGGGAACAGGCGCUGGCAGUUAGCCGGAACUACCUCUUCCAGCCUCGCCUCACUUACAAGACAGUAUCAGGAGUCAAUGGUCCACUAGUGAUCUUAGAUCAUGUUAAGUUUCCCAGGUAUGCUGAAAUUGUCCACUUGACAUUACCAGAUGGCACAAAGAGAAGUGGACAAGUUCUGGAAGUUAGUGGUUCUAAAGCAGUGGUUCAGGUAUUUGAAGGUACUUCAGGUAUAGAUGCCAAGAAAACGUCCUGUGAGUUUACUGGAGAUAUUCUCCGAACACCAGUGUCUGAGGAUAUGCUUGGUCGAGUAUUCAAUGGGUCAGGAAAACCCAUUGACAGAGGCCCUGUUGUACUGGCUGAAGACUUCCUUGACAUCAUGGGUCAGCCAAUCAAUCCUCAAUGCCGAAUCUACCCAGAGGAGAUGAUUCAGACUGGUAUUUCAGCCAUAGAUGGCAUGAACAGCAUUGCCAGGGGGCAGAAAAUUCCUAUCUUUUCUGCUGCUGGCCUACCGCACAAUGAGAUCGCAGCUCAAAUCUGUCGGCAGGCUGGCUUGGUAAAGAAAUCCAAAGAUGUAGUUGAUUACAGUGAAGAAAAUUUUGCCAUUGUAUUUGCUGCUAUGGGUGUAAACAUGGAAACUGCUCGGUUCUUCAAAUCUGACUUUGAAGAAAAUGGCUCCAUGGACAAUGUCUGUCUCUUUUUAAACUUGGCUAAUGACCCAACCAUUGAGCGAAUUAUCACUCCACGCCUGGCUCUAACCACAGCUGAAUUUCUUGCUUACCAAUGUGAGAAGCAUGUACUGGUUAUACUAACAGACAUGAGUUCUUACGCUGAAGCGCUUCGAGAGGUUUCAGCAGCCAGAGAAGAAGUUCCUGGUCGGCGAGGUUUCCCAGGUUACAUGUAUACAGAUUUAGCUACAAUAUAUGAGCGUGCUGGCCGAGUGGAAGGUAGAAAUGGCUCUAUUACUCAGAUCCCAAUUCUCACCAUGCCUAAUGAUGACAUCACUCACCCCAUCCCUGAUUUGACUGGAUACAUUACAGAGGGACAAAUCUAUGUGGACAGACAGCUGCACAACAGACAGAUUUACCCACCUAUCAAUGUGCUGCCUUCAUUAUCACGGUUAAUGAAGUCUGCUAUUGGAGAAGGUAUGACCAGAAAGGAUCACGCUGAUGUCUCUAACCAGCUGUAUGCCUGCUAUGCUAUUGGGAAAGAUGUACAAGCCAUGAAAGCCGUAGUUGGAGAAGAAGCCCUUACCUCAGAUGAUCUUCUUUACUUGGAAUUUCUGCACAAGUUUGAGAAGAACUUUAUUGCUCAGGGUCCUUAUGAAAAUCGUACUGUGUAUGAGACUUUGGACAUUGGCUGGCAACUUCUCCGAAUCUUCCCCAAAGAAAUGUUGAAGAGAAUCCCUCAGAGCACUCUAAGCGAGUUCUACCCUCGAGACUCUGCAAAGCAUUAG